CAUUAUUUACAGAGCGAGAUUGAAGCGCCAGGGAGAGUGGGGACGCUGCACCGUCUGCCCUGCGCACUGGCUUUAAGAAAGUGGCGAGGGACGAGGUUUCUGCGGGGCAGAGCGCUGCAGCGGCGGUGCCAUCGGUGUGAUUGCAGCUGUGAAGGGGCUUCCUCGCCUUCCAGCCCGGCAUUUCCAGGGUCCGGCGGGCCCUGCUGGGAUCUGGGACUGGAGGACGGUCGACGCGGGCAAAACGGUUCGUUCUUGGGGAGAGUCGAUGCGUUUCCCGAUCGGAGCCUUUCCUUGCGGUGUCGCAAGGUGAAGCCAUCUCAGGACGUCCGGCGGCAAAAAAAAGCCAAGCAAGGGAGUCUUCAAUGGAGCGUCACUCCAGUUUCUUCUUCAUCUGGCUACAACUGGAGCUGUGCGCCAUGGCCAUCCUAUUGACCAAAGGUGAAAUCAGAUGCUACUGUGAUGCUGCACAUUGUGUUGCAACAGGUUAUAUGUGCAAAUCAGAGCUGAGUGCUUGCUUCUCUAGACUGCUUGACCCACAAAACAGCCAUUCUCCACUGACACAUGGCUGCUUGGACUCCCUUGCAAGCACCCUGGACAUUUGUCAAGUUAACAUAGCCCAAAACCACUCUGGCAUUGCCAUACCCACCUUGGAGUGUUGUCAUGAGGAUAUGUGCAAUUACAGAGGUCUCUAUGAUGUUCUGUCUACUUCCAGGGGUGACCCAUUGGGUAAGACAGGGAGUAGAUACCAACAUGACAACAGCCGAAAUCUGCUUACUAAAGUUCAGGAACUUACUUCCUCAAAAGAAUUGUGGUUCAGGGCUGCUGUCAUAGCUGUCCCCAUUGCAGGUGGACUGAUCUUGGUGCUUCUCAUCAUGCUAGCAUUGCGUAUGCUCAGAAGUGAAAAUAAACAACUUCAGGACCAGCGGCAACAGAUGCUCUCGCGGUUGCAUUACAGCUUCCAUGGACAUCAUUCCAAAAAAGGGCAAAUGGCUAAGCUGGACUUGGAAUGCAUGGUGCCCGUCACAGGUCUUGAGAACUGUUGCAUGACCUGUGAGAAGAUGCGACAGCCGGACUACAGUAAUGACAGAAUACUUUCACUUGUCCACUGGGGCAUGUAUGGAGGGCAUGGAAAGCUGGAAUUUGUGUGAUGACUUCUUUUUUUGGUUUUUUUAAAAUAUCAAUAUAUCUAUAUAUUAAAUUUUUGUCCUUAAAAUUACUAGGAUUUUUUUUUUCAAAGGCUGUUGGGUUCUGCUGGACAGGAGCACUUUAUAUUGGGAGUGAGAGGGAAGCCUACAGUCAUUAGUCAAAAAAAAAAAAAGGACCUCUGCAGAUGGAAAAUGGAUUUGUCUUCUGAAGGAUUCCAAAAGAGAUCUCUUAUUUGCACAGAUGUAUUGUUUCUUUUAAAAUUAUGAACGCCAAUUUGAGAAGUUGUACAUGCUGUUACCACAGUUGUCUGAACUGUGGGGAAUGGGUGGAGUAAUUAUACUAUUAAAUGGUAUGCACAUUC